GUGGAAGAUGUGUGCGAGCUCCAUAUGAUUGGAAAUACUGUUAUGUCUCUUUGGUGCAGUUAUUUGCAAGAACACACACUUAAUCUUGGUGGGUUGAGGAAUACAUAUGCAUUUAAUAAUCCUGCUUCAGUAUCAACUGAAGCUGGUAAACUCAAACAACGUUCAGAGAAUCUAUGUCAGCGAAUGAUGGGUAUGCAACCUGAACAAUGGUUGAUAUGUCCGUGGAAUUCAGGUGAUCACUGGUUGACAAUUAUGAUUCAUGCCAAUACUCAAAGUGUUGCAUAUCUUGACUCGACGAAUGACUUUAUCCGAACUGAUAUUAUGAAAUGUAUCCAAAAUGCUGUGGACAUGUACAGGAUCGAAAAAAAUAUACGAAACAAGGGUCCAGUAAAAAUCAACCAAUACACGUGUCGACAGCAGCCGGAUGGAAUACAAUGUGGUUAUUAUGUUAUGAAGAUUAUUCAGAGUUUCAUGACGGUUGUUAAUCCUGCAAGUUUUUUGAAAAAUCAUUUCAAGUUAGACGCUCCCUAUAGUAACGAGGAGAUCAAUGCCGUACGGGAUGAGUUGGCCGAAUUUGUGAAGCCAUUGAUUAUAGAUUAAGUACUUAAGGUUACUACACUUUUGAUAUAAUACAUGAGUAACAAGUUUUAUGAUUAUUGUUAUCUUUUGCAUAUAUUAUUAGUUUAUAUUUAGUUUACGAUAUACAUAGAAUUUAAGUUUUAGAAUCGAUUUUAUUAACAAUUUUGGUAUUGUGUGAUUAGUUAAUAGAAUCGAUUACUAAUUUAAUAUAAGUUUCAAAAAUGUUAUUUUAAUU